UUUCGCAUAAGAUGUAUUCAACCAGAUUCUCUAGAGUAGUGAUGUGAUUCAGAUAAGAUUACGAGCGUCACUAAUUUUUUUGUUGUUGUUGAAUGGGUGUUUCCUAAGUUAAGCGUGAGUAGUGAUGAACAUGGAAUGUAGUAAAUAGUUACAGAAUUUACCAAGAGAAAUUACUUCUUGUAGUUAGAUUCUAAUAUUUCUCCAUUGAAAAUCUUUCUCACCCUAUGAAGUCUCUCUCGUAAAUUUAAAUAAUUGUAAAAUAAAUGGAUUUAACCUAUUAGGGUUCAACUUAGCUCAUCAGCGUGAUGGUCGAUGCCUUCUUCUGGGACUGAAAUACAUUCUCUCAAUGAAGUUUGGACGAAGAAGCAACUGAAUUUAACAAUUAAGUCUCCUGCCAAACCACAAUCUGAACUUGACACCAAAGAAGAUUUCGAUGAUUUGCUGCAUUUAAAAUGCAGGCUUAUAAAUACCGUAGGAAAUGAAAGCAGUGAAGUCGACGUUAAACUUCCCUACGAAAGGCCUCUCAUACACAGGAAGGGAUCACCAGUUUACACAGUAGGCAAAAAGGAGAAACCUACGUUAGACGAGGUUUUAGGAAGCAUACCUCUCGUGUACAAUCCAUUCACAAAACAACUCGAGCUCGAAUCUCGCUCAAAAUCACAAACAAAAAACUGUAAACACAUUCCUCAUAGGUUUGGAAAUGGAACCCAUUUUCCAAUGGAUCGUGAUGGCUCCCUUGCAUCGAGGGACUGCUGUGGUGAAAACAGAAUCACGGCCGCCGGUUCUGAAGAAGCACACAAAAACCAGCACAAAUGUCGGCUUUUGUAUUCCGAGAAAGGUGAAGCGAUGGGUGGAAAAGUGGAAGAGGAGGAGAAAGAGGACGUGAUGGACGAGAUUAAUGACGAUAUUUGUGCUAUGAACUUUGAGAAUCACAUUUCGCAAUCUCCCACCUCCGCAUCUCUUCAGCACACUGACACUUCAUCGUUCACGAGUAUGUCCUCCGCUGGAACGGAAGUAUCAUUUUGCAUCGGAGGCUCACAGGGAGGAUCCAACCUAUCUCUCUGUUAUUCCUGUGAUAAUUUACAGAGUCUACCUGAAGAUUUCCAGAAAGGAACCAAACCAAAGAAAUGGGGUCUUUCAAGUUUUCUUUUAAAAUUGCCAUGGAAGUCAAAACCUACUAUUGAAAGUGAAGCUGAGAUAUCAGACCAGCUGCAGCGUUGUCCCUCAGCCUGUUCAUCAAGCAGUCGAAGAAGUGAUGAAUGCAUAGCAACUUCUACUACUGCCCUUAUUCUCGAAAACCGACCCUCGAAUCUCCCUGCAAAAUCUGUAGAGGAAGAAAUUAAGCACAAGCAGCUUUAUGAAGAAAUGGUUAAAGGAGCUAGAAAAAAAGAAUUACAAGAUGCUAAGAUUAGAAAAAAGCAAGCAUAUCACCAACAAAAGCUAGAAGAGCAAUUAAUUACUGCCACUAAAGCCUGGAAUGAAGAUAUAUUACCUAAUUGGACCUCUGCUAAGGAUUAUAGAAAAACGAAAGAUUUGUGGUGGAAAGGUCUACCUCCAAGCAUUCGGGGACGUGUCUGGAAGUUGGCUAUUGGAAAUGAUUUAAACAUUACCCAAGAACUAUUUGAAAUCUGCACUGCACGUUCCAAAGAAAAGAUCUGGGUUACCACUGAUGUCACAUCAUGUGAAAAUGGUGAAGAUGGAGCAGACUCUAUGGAAAAUGCUGCAGAUUUUAUUAAGCUAGAUGUUUCAAGAACUUUUCCUCAACUUGGUAUAUUUCAAAAGGGUGGACCAUACCACAAUACAUUAGAGGGUAUUUUGGGUGCCUAUGUCAUUUACAGACCUGACAUUGGAUAUGUCCAGGGAAUGUCAUUUCUUGCUGCAAUGUUACUUUUAAAUAUGGAUGAUGUUGAUACAUUUAUUAGCUUCUGUAAUUUAUUGAACAGGCAAUGCCAGUUGUCAUUCUUCAGAAUUGAGCAAAAAAUGAUGACUGCUUAUUAUUCAGUUUAUGAAGAAUUUUUCAAGGAAAACUUGCCUAAGCUAUUCAGUUUGUUUGAGAAGCAAAAUCUUACGCCAGAUUUAUAUUUGGUUGAUUGGUUGUAUACCUUAUAUAGCAAAUCCUUGCCUCUUGAUGUUGCAUGCAGAGUUUGGGAUGUAUACCUGAGAGAUGGGGAAGAGUUUUUGGUCAAGACUGCUUUAGGUCUUCUGAGGAUGUAUGAGGAGAUUUUGUUAGACAUGGAUUUUAUACAUUUAGCACAAUUUCUGACCAAACUUCCUGAGGAUAUUGAUGCAGACAAACUGUUUCUUUCCAUUAGUGCCAUUCGAAUGACUCUAAAUAAGAAAUCUUUCUCAUGUGUGUUGCAACUCCAUAUUGAUAAUCUCAACAACAGAUAAGGAAAAACAAACAUUAUGAAAUGGAUUUUCUUUUUCAUCUCUUGACUUGUGUGGGCCUCAUUCAGGGAUUCUCAGCCUCUUCUUUAAUACAGCAUUUCUAAAAUACACAACAUUGUUACAGUGAUAAGAUUAUGCAAUUUACAACACACUUCUGAUUUACUUUUUAAUCCUAGAUGAUUUUUAAAAAAUUUAUUUAAGAUUAAAUCUUAUUAAUCAAUUAUGAAUCUAAUUUAUUCAAUCAAUUAGGAAUUUAAUCAAUCAUCUUUUUCCAAAAUCAAAUUAUUCUCUUUUUAUUAAUAAAAGGUUACAUAAGCGUUAUUGGUAUAAUCCAAACUAACUAUCCUAAUAUUUAGCUUUCAGUACAUUCUUUUUAGCUUGCAGUUUUCACUAAAGCUAUCAGAUACGCUUUAACAACAAAAUAAAGUUAUGCUAAAAAUGAAUAAUUACUCUUGUCUAAAAAAUAUGCAUUAUAAAAGUUGAUGUUCAAAAUCACUUAUUGAGACUGUUGAACCCUUUGCUGUGCAAAAAAAAAAAAAAAAAAAUAUUACCAAAAUUUUAGGUGAAAAAAGUCUUACGAAUUGUAGUGAUUGUGUGCUGAUUAAAAAUUAAGCACUUCUCAUUAUUUUAGUGUUUUUCAAAACAAAGUUAUUCAUAAUCAGCUAUAAUUAAAUAAGUAAUUCAUAAUUAAUGGUUCAUAAAUAACCUUAUUCUGUAUAAGAAUAAAAGUAUAAAUUUUUAUUGCUUAUAUAUUUGACAAAAAAAAUUAGUUUCAUUGUAGAACUACCAUGAGGAAUAGGGUUGAGUUCUUUUAUUCAUAAAAAAUAUAUUCAGGUAAAGAUAAUGUUUUAAAGAUUUCCUUUUUUGGUGAUCAAUAUUAGCUAGAUUGUUCUGGAAUAAGAUCAUGCUCAAUUUUGGUUAAACUGAAAGUCCUAUUUAUUUUUAGACAUUUUAGAAUUUAAGGAUGUUCACUGAAAGCAAUCCGUCAAUGAGUAUUUAAAAAUAUAACCUGUCAAUAAAACCGUUUCUGAAAGCAAUGCUUUAAUAGUAGAAUUAAAAUUGUCCGAAAGCAAUUGAAGGAUUAAAGUUGUCAAUCAUCAGUUGCAGAGUUCAAAAUCUUGUCCGAAAGCAAUUUUUCUAACUAAAAGUUCAAAUGUGUGAAAUUUAAAAAAUGCCACCAAGGUUACUGGUGUUGAUCUGAAAAUAAUGUUUUCAUUUAUGUAUUAAGUUAGUUGUUUAAAAGCAAUUAUGGAGUCUAAACAGAAUGCUGAAAGUACUAGAUGUGUGACCUAAAUCUACAUUCCCCUUUUAUAAGUUUAGGUUCACGACAAAUCUUGGGACUCUUAUUGGCUGAGAAUCGCUGGUCUAUUUGAAUAAUGGUUGCCUUAUUGCUACAAGUAUUAAUUAUGCAAAUGUAAUGCAUAUUGAAAUGCGAAUGUAACGCUUAUUGAAGUUUUCUAUACAUGAGACUGAUUAUUUAUCUUUUAUUUGAAAUUGUGAAUCAAAUACUCUUGUAAAUAAGAAUUUUGUGUUUUUACAUCUAUGUUAUUAAAAUUAGCUCUAUUUCAUUCUCAAAAUUUAUUAAAUGAGUAUAAAUUUUAUAGUUUUAUUGUUAUUUAUCUGUGAAAUUUUCAUUUAAGGAAAAUAUGAUUGUAGUGUUUUUACCUUUUUAAAUUAUACAUGAUCUGUUAAUUUACAUUUGGUCAUUUACAAUGUAAUUUUAUGGUUUGAUCUGAAUUAGCUCUUUGUAGAAAAAAUAAACUGUUUUUAUCCAUA